GUCACUUCCUGUAAGCGCAGAGCUCGAGGUAGGUGGCGGCGGCGGUUGGUGGCUCUUGCGCUCGCAGCUUUUGUCUCCCCCGCCCCACUCUCUUUUCAUCCCCACCUUCCUUCCCGCUUCCUCUCAUCUUGAAAUACUUUGAAGCGUUUGGUUUUCACAGCCGCCGACAUGAGCGACACCGAAGAACAAACCUACGUCGAAAGGCUACCGACAAUAGAAGACAAGGGGGAGGGAGUUCCAAACUUAGUGUCACUGACAUUGAUGAGGGAAGAGUCCCAAGACAAAAAGAAGAUAGAAGCAUUAAAGAUAUCUAAGCACUUUAAAAGCAGCAAGAUCAGCAACCUCAAAGUGUCAGCUGAGGAUUCACGUUCUCCUUCUAAAUCACCAAGUGGGAGUCCACGUGGAUCUGGCAAGUCUGCUAGCCAGUCUCCAGAAAAUUCUCCUGAUCGUUCCCAUUCCAGGGAUGGAUCAAGGCGCUCCAGGUCCAAAUCUCGAUCUCGUUCGAGAUCCAAAUCCAGGUCUGUAUCCCGGAGGAGUUCUCGGAGACGUUAUUCAAGGUCUCGAUCACGCUCUCGUUCGCGCCGUAGAAGAUCCAGAAGCAGGUCUUACAGCCCUGAUUAUAGGCGCCGCCGUAGUCAUAGCCGAUCUCCAAUGUCAAAUCGGAGGCGUCAUAUUGGCAAUCGGGCUAACCCUGACCCCAACACUUGUCUGGGAGUUUUUGGAUUAAGUCUGUAUACCACUGAGCGAGACCUGCGAGAGGUCUUUUCGAGGUAUGGUCCACUUGCAGGUGUUAAUGUCGUGUAUGAUCAACAGUCAAAUCGCUCCAGAGGCUUUUCUUUUGUCUACUUUGAAAAUGUCGAUGAUGCCAAAGAGGCUAAAGAGCGGGCCAAUGGAAUGGAAUUGGAUGGACGCAGGAUUCGUGUUGAUUUCUCAAUUACUAAAAGAGCUCACACACCUACCCCUGGAAUCUACAUGGGAAGACCAACUUAUAGUUCACGCCGCAGAGACAGUUAUGACCGAUAUGACAGAUAUGAUGAUCGAGAGUAUUACAGUAGGUCCUACAGAAGACGUUCUCCAUCUCCAUAUUAUAGCAGGGGUGGCUAUCGUUCUCGCUCAAGGUCACGUUCGUACUCUCCACGUCGCUACUGAAGAUCCAACACGUCAAAAUUGCAAUCUUCAGGCCAGCUGACCUAUUGCUGAAGAUUUCUUUUAUAUAAAACAAAUUUUUUAAGUCAUGUUUGUGUAAAGAUUUUUUUCUUUCAAAAGUGUUUAGUGAAAAGCUUAAUAUGUUCCGGUUGUAUUGGGUGGUUAUCAAUAAAGUGACCAUAUUUGCAUCCUUGAGUUAAGCCAACAUAAAUUUUAUUUUCCGGUCUUGAGCAGCUUUGACUGUAGAUAGGAAAGGUGAAUGACCAUGUAGCUGCUAUUGUUUCAUUUAAUAAGAUGUAUAUUCUUUGAAGUUUGGUGAUGGGAGCUAAUAUUGGACUUUUGUAGGACUUAGUGUGCAGGUUCCAUAUCUGUGCUCAUAGUAUUAUUGAUUCCUAUAUUCUCAAUUCAGUCCCAUGAAUUCAGUGAAGGGCUUUCAUUUUUCCUACAAUAUGGAGUAAAUUAAAAUCCUAAACUUACAGGUGAUAAUAUGGUACUUUAAAGAAUUACACAUUAUUGAAUAAAAUGUGCAGAAAUAGUACUAUAUUUCUGACUGGAGGAAUUUUAACAAAUUCCACAUGGAAAGGGAUAUUCCAAUUUCAGUCACAAAAAUAUUGGAGAAAUGCAGUGCUUAAGCCUGGCCUUAAACUCUCACAACUAAUUGUGAUUAGCUGAAUUUGGUUAACUACUGAUUUUUUUUUUUAUUUUAGUUCCUUUUUAGAUUAAGUUAUUUGAUCUUCAUGGGACUAUUUUUGUAUUCUCAGUAAUAUUCCUUUGUGUCCAUAGAUCUUCUGGGUUCAUGUCGUGAAGAGGCUGUUCUGUUAAAUGAAGAUUUUGUACCAGUGCAAAACCUGUGGCACUGAGUAGAAGUGUGCGUGAAAUGCUUUUAAAUAUCUGAUGCAAAAUUAACAUUAAAUUUCAGCAGAAACACUCACCUUCUUUGUUUCAUCUUUCUCUUUAAUGUACUCUGUUGUCUUACUCUUAUUAGUUCAACUUUCCCUUUACAAGCCUUGCAAGAGUUAUUAUUUUUAACUUUGAAUAUAAAGUAGUAUGACAGUUGGGACAAGUGUAAUCAAAUGCAAAAGUGGUCUUAAAUUGUUGCUAUCAGUUAAAUCUUCUGGUUACUUUAUUUUUUACUGCUAGGUAUGAAAAUUUCAAAUGUGCAGAGUUUGUGCCACUGAAUAUCAGAUUCGACUUGCCUAAUUAAGAUUUUGCUUUUGUCAACUCAGGCAGUGAGUAAUUGAGAACUUGAACUAGGUUGUCCUUUCCUUUUUAACAUCUGCAGCCAGCAAUGAAUGGGAUGCUAGAUAGGUGCAAACUCACACUCUGCUAUUGUCUUGCACUGUUUCUUGUAUGCUUUGUUGCCUCCUGAUUGAAUUUGUUAUAGGUGAGAACUGAUCCCUCUAUAGAGGCAAUUGCUUCCAAAAGAAGAGCAUCUUUAAAAUACUUUGUGGUUGUGGUAUGGUUAUUCCCUAUAAUUAUGUUUCUGCCAAAUUCAUGUAAAGUAUUGUCUAGUUUUCUUACCUGUAACUUUAAUGAAGUUUAUGGGUGAUAUGACUAUCUCUGUCUCUGCAGUACAAUCGGAAUGUGUGUAUCACAGCUGUACUGGGAGGAAUUACUGCUUGUUGUUUUACUGUUUGACAUCGUCACAAGGGCAACACUUCAAACAUUUUUAUUAAAGUAUUUCAAACCCA